CUUUAGCCAGGGCCCCCGAAGGAUGCACCCAAUCUCUUCUGUACCCCCCACGCUGCGUAGUACAGCGAGCAGGCAUCCAUGGAGAUGCGAGAGGAGGCAGCGCGGGGGAUCCCCAGAGCCAUCACAGGCCGGAUCCCAGACAGCCUGAAAAACUGUGUCGACAAGGACCAUCUGACGGCCGCCACCCACUGCGCCAGCGUGGACCCCACCGUCGUGCACCCUGAGCUCAACGGGGCUCCGUACAGGUACCCUCCGGGUGUGGUGGGCGUGGCCCCCACUGGCAUCCCAGCUGCUGUGGAAGGUAUCGUCCCCAGCGCCGUGUCCCUGUCCCACGGCCUGUCGCCUGUGGCCCACCCGCCCCACAAGGGCUUCUUCUCCUAGCCAAACUGUCAAGCCCAAGGCGGAUAGAGACCACGCCAGUGACCAGUUGUAGCCCGGGAGGAGCUCUCCAGCCCCAGCGCCUGGGCGGAGGGCCCAGAAACCCUGGGACCAGAGUGUGUGCAGGAGGCGCCUGUGUGGCGGCCCUGGCACUGCAGAGACUGGUCCGGGCUGUCGGGAGGCGGGAGGGGGCAGCGCUGGGCCUCAUGUCGGUUGUCGUGGUCCGUCCUGUGGGGGCUCUGCCCUGUGUCCUUCGCCU